UUCUGACUGGGUUAGCAAUUUUGGCCUACAGAUCCUAUUUCUUCUCCCAGGUGGCUUUUGAGAAAGUGACUGUGUCUUUCAAUGAGGAGGAGUGGGCCUUGCUGGACUCAGACCAAAUGGCCCUUCACAGGGAAGUCAUGGAAGAGAAUUUGGCAAUCCUGGACUCUCUGGGUGGUGAUAGACAAGAGAGACAGCAAGUAAGAAUACCAAGGAUGUCUUUGCUGCAAAGAGUCCAACAUCAACAGAAGAAUGGGAAGGGAAGCAAAAUUUCUAUCCAAGAAAUAAAAAAGAAAGAAGAGGAAGAGAGUAAAUGUAUUUCUCUUGAAAGUGAGGGGAACCCCAGUUGUAAAGAAAACCUUGGUCUUCACAGGGGAAUUGAUGUAGAAAUAAUUCACACACAAAAAAGAAAAUGCAGAAAGAAUUUGAAGGGAAAGACAAAUCUGACUCGUCAUCAAAGAAUUCAUGUGGGAGAGAAGCCAUUUAAAUGCUUAGAAUGUGGAAAGAAAUUCAAUCACAAGAAACAUCUCUCUUGUCAUCAAAGAAUUCAUACAGGAGAGAAGGCAUUUGAAUGUUUAGAAUGUGGAAAGAAAUUCAGUCAGAAGGGAAAUCUCCUUUGUCAUCAAAUAAUGCACACAGGAGAGAAGCCAUUUAAAUGCAUAGAUUGUGAAAAGCAAUUCAAGUACAAGACAAAUCUGACUCGUCAUCAAAGAAUUCAUGUGGGAGAGAAGCCAUUUAAAUGUUUAGAAUGUGGAAAGAAAUUCCACCAGAAGGUAGAGCUUAUUGGACAUCAAAGAAUUCAUACAGGAGAGAAGCCAUUUAAAUGCCUGGAAUGUGGAAAGUGUUUUAGUCAGAAGACAAAUCUCACUCGUCAUCAGCGAAUUCAUAUGGGAGAGAAGCCAUUUAAAUGCUUGGAAUGUGGAAAGAAAUUCAGUCACAAGUCAAAUCUCACUUAUCAUCAAAUAGUUCAUACAGGAGAGAAGCCGUUUAAAUGCCUGGAAUGUGGAAAGUGUUUCAUUCAGAAGACAGAUCUCACUCGUCAUCAAAGAAUUCAUACAGGAGGGGCUUCCGGGGAGCUGGCCUCCAGGAAAAAUUCACAGGUUCUCAACCUUGGCUCUGCUAAGGAUUUGGACUUCAACUCCCAGAAGCUCAGCCAGCUUUCCAAAUGA